GAGAUAUCGACUUUGACAUAUCGAAACAUGUAUCGCAUUUAAAGCGUAUCUAGUCGCAUCUCUAGAGUUUCUUUUUUCGUGGCGACGUCAAGAAGACGUGAAUUUUAUUGAUACAUCGCCAUGACCAACUCAAAGGGUUACAGACGUGGCACGAGGGACUUGUUCUCUCGCAAGUUCCGCAAACAUGGAACCAUUCCCCUAUCCACGUAUAUGAAAACAUACAAAGUUGGAGAUAUUGUUGAUAUUAAGGGAAAUGGUGCUGUACAAAAGGGUAUGCCAUAUAAAGUCUACCAUGGCAAGACCGGUCGCGUGUUCAACGUGACUGCGCACGCUCUUGGAGUCAUUGUGAACAAGAGAGUGCGUGGACGCAUCAUCGCGAAGAGGAUUAAUGUUCGCAUUGAACAUCUGAGCCAUUCAAAGUGCAGGGAUGAUUUCCUCAAACGUGUCAAGGAGAACGAGAGACUCCGAAGGGAGGCAGAGGAGAAAAAUAUUCGCGUUCAGCUCAAGCGACAACCAGCCGAACCGUCUAAAGCGCAUAUUGUUUCGGGACGUGAAGCGCCCAUCUUACUCGCGCCUGUUCCAUAUGAAUUUAUCGCUUAAAAUAUUGAAUAAACUAUAAAAUUUUCAAAAUAAAAA